GCAGCUCGACGUCGAGUUAGUAAAGAAAUACGGAUGCAACUCGCAACUGUACGGUAUAGUCCGAGUCCGAGUCCGAAUACGAAUAAAACUCAGGAAGCAGACAAUUCGUCGCAGGUUAAGUGACAUAAUCUGUGAUUCGCCUAGUGACGUUCUCAUUUAUUUUAACUGUUUGUCAAUUUUUUUUCUUUUGUUCGGCGUGGGUGGUUUUGUCUUUUUGGACUUUCCUUUAUUCGGUUUUUUGUUCAUUUUUCAAAGACAGUCUAGUCUGUCGGCAGUUUUACUGCGCAAAUAAGUCUGCAGUGCACCCUGAAUGAAUCUGAUUUUAAGCCAAUGACGAGAUGGCUGCAGAUCAAGUCAAUAUCACGAUACCAACAGACUCAGAAGAUCACCAAUCUGUCGCAUACAAUGCUAAAAUCGGAGCGGUUUACUCACCACCUGGCAUUAAAGAUCUCGAAUCUCUCAACAAUGCAUCUGUAUCAAGUGAUUCCCAGUCAAAUCUGUGCAAUGGCUCAUCAGCAGUCACGAUUGCCAAAGCGAACACAUUGCGAAAAGUGCCAAACAGUAACACGAAAAAACCCAAUUUCACCCUUACGCAUCUAUCGAAACGGCCGCCCGUUGAUAUCCAAUUUAUAGAUCUGAAAUACUCGGUGCCGGAAGGCAGGCGGAGAGGCUACAAGACGAUCUUGAAAGGAGUGAAUGGCAAAUUCAAGUCUGGAGAACUGACGGGGAUUAUGGGCCCUUCGGGGGCUGGAAAAAGUACCCUAAUGAAUAUUCUAGCUGGCUACAAAACAUCGAAUCUUGAAGGCUCCGUCCUUAUCAAUGGCAAAGAAAGAAGUCAACGUCGCUUUAGGAAAAUGUCGUGCUACAUUAUGCAGGACGAUUGUCUUUCACCGCACUUGAGCGUAAUGGAAGCCAUGACUGUUUCAGCGAAUCUCAAAAUCGGCAAAUCAGUUUCCCAUUCGGACAAGAAAGCCAUUAUCAACGAAGUUUUAGAAAUUUUAGGUCUUCAGGACUGUUUGAACACAGCCUCCGUAUGUUUAUCUGGCGGCCAAAGGAAACGGCUCUCGAUUGCUUUGGAACUAGUCAACAAUCCUCCAGUGAUGUUUUUCGAUGAGCCUACUAGUGGUUUAGACAGUUCUUCAUGUUUCCAGUGUUUGUGUCUGUUGAAAUCGCUAGCAAGAGGCGGCAGGACAAUAAUAUGCACAAUCCAUCAACCGUCAGCUCGUUUGUUCGAAAUGUUCGACAACUUGUACAUGUUAGCAGAAGGACAAUGCAUUUAUCGCGGACCUGUAACCAAUUUGGUACCAUUUUUAUCCAGCAUGGGCUUAAACUGUCCCAGCUAUCACAAUCCUGCCGAUUAUGUAAUGGAAGUGGCCUGUGGAGAGCAUGGAGACUACGUCCAGAAACUGGUAGUGGCGGUAAAUGCGGGACGUUGUAACACCGCGCUUUCCAAAGCUCUGGAAGCCACUGGGCAAAAGCUCAUUGCCAAUGAUAUUGCAAAGGAGACGAUGCCAAUGAAACCUAAUGGAGAAUGCCUCAACUUGCCCAAUGGAUCAUCGAAAAAUCCUGGAUUGGUUCCACCCACCUGCACCACAUCUUUGCUUGAUUCGUCGGAAAAUCUAACUCAAGAUAAACAUGGAUUUCCCACAUCUGGAUUUCAUCAGUUUUUAGUACUUUUUAUGAGGAGCGUUUGUAUUAUAUUUAGAGAUAAGACGCUGACAAGACUUAGAUUAGUAGCACAUUUUAUAAUUGGAGUCCUCAUUGGGGCAAUUUUUUACGGAAUUGGAAAUGACGCCGCUAAAGUGAUGAGCAAUGCCGGCUGUUUAUUUUUUACUGUGAUGUUCAUGAUGUUCACAGCCAUGAUGCCCACAAUUCUAACGUUUCCAUUAGAGAUGUCUGUGUUUGUGCGGGAGCAUCUGAACUACUGGUACUCACUGAAAGCGUAUUAUUUCGCAAAAACUCUGGCCGACGUGCCGUUCCAGAUUAUCCUCACCACGUGCUACAUAGUGGGAGUGUACUUUAUCACCGACCAGCCGCUAGACGCAACCAGAUUCUUCAUGUUUCUUCUCAUUGCGGUUCUCACUGCACUGGUUUCUCAGAGUUUUGGCCUUCUGGUUGGAGCGGCCUUCAACAUCGAGAGCGGCGUGUUUCUGGGCCCCAUCUCAACAGUCCCCAUGGUACUUUUCUCCGGCUUCUUCGCCAAACUCGAGGACAUUCCCUUCUAUUUCCAAUGGCUUCCCUAUCUCAGCUACGUAAAGUAUAGCUUCGAAGGCACCAUGGUGGCAAUCUAUGGUCUAAAUCGGUCGAAAUUGGUGUGCAACAGGGACUAUUGCCACUUCAAAUAUCCCUCUGCGUUCCUCGAUGAAAUGUCCUUGAAGGGGGACAUGUUAACGUACUUUAUAGAUAUAGGAGUGUUGUCCGGAUUAUUCGUUUUUCUGCGAAUAGUUGCCUACUUUGUGCUGCGAAUAAGGCUGUUCCAGAACCGUUAAGUGCGAUGGAGACAAUCAAUGGGAUGCUGAUUGGGUGGAUUUGUGAAAGGCGUUGUGGGAAACUGGGGCUUAAAUUAUUAUGAUUAUUUCUUUAAUGUUCUGCAUGAGUUGAAGUAAGAGUGGUAGAAGUCAAGCGACUUUUUUGUUGAAGAACAAUGAAAUCUCAAACGUUUCUGAUGUAACUUGAGAAGAAAGUAUUAAAUUGCUUUCAUUGCAAAAAAUGUCUUCAACGGUUUAAGCCUCGACUUCUGCCUCCAGUGUGUCCACUUUCUCCCUUGGAGCGAAUUUCAUUCCGCUAGUCUCAUUGAUCAUUUAAAUACUUUAGAAACUUUACAUUGAUGAUUUUAUAAAAUAUUCUCUAUUGUAAGCGUCUGAUUGUGAUUAGCAAAUGAUUUUGACAAAAACAUCCGAACUGAACUAGUUGGGAAAUCGUUAAGAACUGAAAUCAGUUCUCCGGCCUUAAAAUAACGCUCAUGUAGUGCUCCUCUGGCCAUUUUGAAUUGUGAUAGAAAUUUUUAUAGGAGAUUUGAUUGUGAUUUGAAGUUGUGUGUGUGUUUUAUAUGGUGAUUAUAAUCUUUAGUCGGUUUUGUCAAGUAUUUUUAAGAACACUGGUUUGAGCCAGUUUUUAACGUUCAUUUCUGCACGACAAAAAAUAUUUUGCGACAACGUUCACGCCUUGCUUAUUUCAUUGGGUUUGUGUUGUAACAUCUACUAGAUCUGAUGACACGAAUUUCGUUGGUGCACACAAGAAAUUAUGCAAGUAUGCACUGUAGUUUCAUGCAUUUGUUGGCUUUCUGAAUCUAUAUAUAAAAAUAAACUAAGAAUUGUCGGGUCCUAACAUGUUCAUUCUCUAGUCGAUUUUUUCGAAAGAGUGGACAGGCGCUUGAACUAAGGUGCUUAAAGGUUUAGUAUUUUUGAUUUCAGGUUCGGUUUCGAUGCAAUCUCGACCACAAUUUCCAUUUAAAAAAAUGUGGAAAAUUGCGGUUUGACAUUUUGUGAUAGUUAUAGAUUUUUUUUUAUUUUUUAACAACUGUAGAUAGCAUAGAUAUUUUAUUUUUGUAAUAUUGUAGGGAUAUUUGGAUUGAUAUUACGAUACCAUUUUCACUCAACUCUUGUACCUAUACCAAUGUAUUUAUGUAGGUUUAAUUAUUCAAUAUUUACAAAUACAUUUUUAUAUACGCAA